AUGGACGCACUAUCCUUUUUAGAAUUUUUAGUGCUUUCCCCACGCUCUACACUCCAAAUUGGUUCUGUAAGCUUCAUGAGCGCAGUCAAGUCAGGCCCACCUAGUACAGGAAAUAUUACUGCGUACACGAUUACUAUUGUGACAUUAGCUGAUGCCAAGGGGCAGGGGGUCAGCCUGGCCGUAGCGCAUCUCGCCAGGAAGAUCGACAUCCUACAUCCAUUGCGCAAUGACCGUAGUGAUCGUGAAAGUAAUUUCGCGCUUACCUUGUGCAAUUUCCAGGCCUCUCAACACACCCAAGAAACGAGAGCCUGGAUAGCGUCUGCUGAUCCUCCCCAAGUGAUCACGAACCACUGCGGCAGUGACAAGUUAAGUGGCUGUGAUCCCGCAUCUGACUCUCUCGCGAGAUCAUGGUACUUUGAUUCGUCGAUCCAGUACUCGCCCCGCGACUGUUCCCCAUCUCAGAUAGCCGGCCCCACUGUGAUGGGGUUUGGAGGCAGAGUACUAUUGAAUGAACGGUUGAACUAUGCUGAAAGCCCCUCUAUGCACCCUGGGGAAAGUCACAAGAAUAAGAAAUAUGAAAUACUGCAGUACGCCCCGUCUCCCAUCCUACACUCAGCAAGGACUCUCAUCACCGUAAUGUACGAAAGCAUGUGCUCCAUAAUUGACGGCAUCCCUGGACGACGUGUCCUCCCUGUAAGCUCCCAGUCCAGCGGGCCUCUCGUGGCAGACAGGAGCGAGGAUCGUCGCCUGCCUCCGCUCCCAUGCGUGGAGCCCUUGCCCCGCGGACCCCUAGACCCGUUCAGUGCCAACGCCUAUGCCUCCAGCGCUUCAAGAUCUCAGUACACCUGCCCAGGUAGAUCGAUACGGUCGGCAGUGGAAAGGCGCGUUGUGGCCAUUAGUUCAUCGGCACGCUCGGCGGAGUGUUCCUUGCAAUCCGACCAAUUCCAGAAGGUGUCCAUGUGGCCGCAAGAGCUUUCCUGUCCUCAAAUUCUGAACCUCAUCGCCCCCACGAACAUCAACCGCAAGCCGCCGUUGCAGCAGCCGUGCGGGCGGAAGCGCAAUGCAAGCACGGCCCCAGCGGGUUUAGGUAACCAAAGGGAAAGGCACAGAAUUGCAGAGGGGAACCGACGGAAGAACCUCAGCCAGCUGCACCGUGAGCUGGACCGUCGCAUUCAUGAUUUCUUCCUGGAGCAAGCCGGUUGGAACCCUUCCAAGGGCCUACCAGAAUCCAAGGAACAUAUCGUUCAAGCUGCCAUCUUUCUCAUUGACUACAUGGCCUGGAUAAUUAAGUACUUACUUCGCCAAGAGAACAAUAUGCCACGCCAGCUGUUGGAGUACCUAGCGCACCCGCUGCAUAUAGCAGCAGCAGCUGGUGUUCAGUCUUCGGGAGCAGAGCCAGACUUCCCAGCAGCAGUUCAGGAGACUUCAGGAAAGCCAGACGUUGAUGGAGCGUAA